AUAAGCAAAGUGCCAACGCGUACUCCUCAAUUUAGGAUAAACUGGUGUACUCAAGAAGAAAUCACUGCGGGCUUAGAAAAUAUGCAUCUGCUCUUUUUGGGGACACUUGCCCUGCUUGUCGGGGUCACAUUUACUGUGCCCGCACAGGAGAAGCGUGUGCAUCGGCAGCCUGACCUCAGUGACCAUGAUCACGAUGAUGCCCGUGGUUACCAGUUUGACCACGAGGCCUUCCUGGGCAAAGAUGAAGCCAAGACCUUUAACCAGCUAAGCCCCGAGGAGAGCAAAGAGAGACUUGGAAAGAUUGUUGAUCGGAUAGACACAGAUAAGGAUGGCUUCGUCAGCCAUGCAGAGCUACAUAACUGGAUUAAACACAGGCAGAGGAGAUACAUUGAGGAGAACGUGGACAAGCACUGGAAAGAAUACGACAAGAACCAGGAUGGGAAGAUUGCAUGGACCGAGUACAAGAACACUACCUAUGGUUAUUACACAGUUGAAGGGUUUGAUGAUGUUGAUGAUAAAGUGAGUUACAAAGGCAUGCUCACUAGAGAUGAGAGGCGGUUUAAGUCAGCAGACCAGGACGGGGAUGGUAUUGCUACAAGGGAAGAGUUUACCGCCUUCCUCCAUCCAGAGGAUUUCGACCAUAUGAAAGGCAUUGUCAUACAGGAGACAAUUGAGGACAUUGACAAGAAUGGCGAUGGUAAAAUUAAUCUGCAGGAAUACAUAGGGGACAUGUUCAUCCCUGAAGAUGGAGAGAGUGAACCAGACUGGAUCACAACAGAAAAGAAACACUUUUCAGAGAUCAGAGACAUUAACAAGGACGGUUUCCUUGAUGCCAGUGAAGUAGCUCAGUGGAUCCUCCCAGGAGAGGUUGAACAAGCUGAUAAUGAGGCCAGGCAUCUCAUUCACAAAACUGAUCAAGAUAACGAUGGCCGUCUCUCUAUCAGUGAGAUCAUGGAUAAUAUGGAUUUCAUUAAGGUCAGCACCGUAACUGACUUUGGGACCAUGGUAGUAGCAGAUCAUGAUGAGCUUUAACACCAUAAUCAUCAUAAAAUCUCACAAAACUAUUAA